UUGGAGAAACACGACUUCACUCGUUCUCAGAUCGAGGCGAAAGUCAGUGCUCAUCUUGCCGACUCUCCAUUCUUCACGUUUUGACUUAGAUAUAUCGUUAGUACUUAAACUUGAUCUAGCCAAAACUUUGAAGUAAAGAUUCGCAAUCAUGUCGGUCCAAAGUGAUGCCGAUAAGCGAAAGCAAAUUUCGGUUCGUGGUAUUGCCCAGGUCGAGAAUGUAGCCAAUGUCAAGAAGUCCUUCAACCGACAUUUGCACUACACUUUGGUCAAGGAUCGUAAUGUAUCCACGGUUCGCGAUUACUUUUUUGCCCUUGCCCACACGGUGAAAGACCAUCUUGUAUCCCGUUGGAUCCGAACUCAACAACACUACUAUGAAAAAGACCCCAAGCGCGUCUACUAUCUUUCCCUGGAGUUCUACAUGGGUCGUACGUUGACGAAUACCACGGUCAACUUGGGCAUCCAAAGCGCAUGCGAUGAGGCCAUGUACCAAUUGGGAUUGGAUAUUGAAGAGUUGGAAGAGAUGGAAGAAGAUGCCGGAUUAGGUAAUGGAGGUCUGGGCCGUCUGGCAGCAUGCUUUUUGGACUCCAUGGCAACCCUUGGCUUGGCUGCUUAUGGUUACGGCAUCCGUUAUGAAUAUGGCAUCUUUGCUCAACGUAUCAGGAACGGAGAACAGUUGGAAGAACCUGAUGAUUGGUUGCGUUUUGGCAAUCCUUGGGAGAGAUCCCGACCCGAAUACUCGAUUCCAGUUCACUUUGGAGGCCGUGUUGUCACCAGUGAUGACGGAUACCAUAAGUGGAUCGACACUAAGGUUGUCUUCGCCUUGCCGUACGACAACCCGAUUCCUGGCUACAAGAAUAAUGUCGUCAACACCAUGCGCUUAUGGUCGGCCAAGUCGCCACAAGAUUUCGAUUUGCGCUUCUUCAAUGACGGUGAUUACAUCCAAGCCGUGCUGGACCGUAAUCUUGCUGAAAACAUCUCUCGCGUGUUGUAUCCCAAUGAUAACUUCUUCGAAGGCAAGGAACUGCGCCUCAAACAAGAAUACUUUAUGGUGGCAGCAACUCUCCAGGAUAUUGUCCGCCGCUUCAAGUCUUCCAAGUUUGGCUCGCGCGAAGCCGUGCGUACAUCCUUGGACUCAUUCCCUGAAAAAGUCGCCAUCCAGUUAAAUGACACCCACCCGUCGCUUGCUAUUCCUGAGCUAAUGAGAAUCCUUGUUGAUAUCGAAGGUCUUUCGUGGGAAAAAGCUUGGGAUAUUACUACCCGCACAUGUGCGUACACAAACCAUACUGUUUUGCCCGAAGCUCUUGAGAGAUGGCCAGUCAGUAUGUUGAACUCGAUCCUUCCUCGCCAUCUCCAGAUCAUUUACGAAAUCAACCAUCGUCAUCUUGAGAAUGUAGCAAAACGUUUCCCUGGUGACAGUGACCGCUUGCGUCGUAUGUCGAUGGUUGAGGAAGAAGGAGAAAAACGAGUUAACAUGGCUUACCUUGCCAUUGUUGGAUCGCAUGCUGUCAAUGGUGUCGCUCAGAUCCAUUCCGACAUCCUUAAACGCGAUCUGUUCCAUGAUUUCUAUGAAAUGAAUCCCGAGAAAUUCUUGAACAAGACCAACGGAAUCACUCCCCGUCGUUGGUUAUUGCUGUGCAACUCAGCUCUCGCUGAUGUCAUUGCUGAGCGUAUUGGUGAAGAUUGGAUUUCUCACUUGGAUCAGUUGGUUCAGCUUAAGCCAUUGGCUGAAGAUCCAGCUUUUCAACGCGCUGUUCAGACAGUUAAACAGGAAAAUAAGAUGAAGGUUGCUCAGUACCUCCAAAAGGAGUACGGAGUGAACGUCAAUCCAGCUUCCCUGUUUGACAUUCAGGUUAAACGUAUUCACGAGUACAAACGUCAACUUAUGAAUGCUCUGCAUAUUAUUACACUCUACAACCGUAUCAAAGCGAAUCCCAGAGCACCAAUUGUACCCAGGACAAUCAUGAUUGGUGGAAAGGCUGCUCCUGGCUAUCAUAUGGCCAAGAAGAUCAUUAAGUUGAUUUGCUCAGUCGGUCAAGUGAUCAACAGCGAUCCCAUCGUGGGCGAUAAACUGAAGGUUAUCUACUUGGAAAAUUACCGUGUCACCUUGGCAGAGAAAAUUAUUCCUGCAGCUGACCUUAGCGAACAAAUUUCUACUGCUGGUACUGAAGCCUCUGGAACUGGAAACAUGAAAUUCAUGUUGAACGGAGCUCUGACUAUUGGUACUCUUGAUGGAGCCAACGUGGAGAUGGCCGAAGAGAUGGGAAUGGAAAACAUUUUCAUCUUUGGUAUGAAGGAGAACGAAGUUGAGGAUCUUAAGAAGCGAGGCUACAAUGCCUUCGAUUACUACAACGCUAAUGCCGAGCUGAAGCAGGUUAUUGACCAGAUUGCGUCAGGAUUCUUUAGCCCAAACAACCCCGACGAGUUCCGUGAUAUUUACAACAACCUUAUGUAUCACGAUCGUUUCUUUUGCUUGGCUGAUUACGACGAUUAUAUAGCCGCCCAAGAAAAAGUCAAUGAGGCCUAUAAGGACCAGAGUGUCUGGAUGAAGAUGUGUAUUCACAACAUUGCUUCAUCUGGCAAAUUUUCUAGUGAUCGGACAAUCGCCGAAUACGCCCGUGAAAUCUGGGGUGUUGAGCCUAGUUGGGAAAAGUUGCCUGCCCCUCACGAGCCGGUUGAAGAGAGUAAAUGAAUGUUCAAAGAAUAAACUUUGUCACAUUUACAUACUAAGGAAGAAAGAUUGCAAUUCGUGUUCGAAGUAAACAUCACAUCAAUCACGCUACAGCUGAGUAGCGUUUAUAAGCGGAAAAGGUUCGUAUUUCCCCGUUUAGAUUUUGUUUUAAGAUGUAGCUCGGUUGAAAUGUGUGGGAAAAGAACAAUCUUGUAAAUCUUUUAAAGCUGUUUCUCCAGACUGCUGUAGCCACGAUGUUGUUAUUGUUCAUGUUUGUUAUUUUUUCUUAAAUUCUAGUAUCGAUGUUCUCGUUCUGUUACAGAAAGGACCUUAAUGUGAGUUUCCACUUCUUCUCCACCCUUUUUUUUUUUUUCAUUUUUUAUGAUCAUUUUCAAAAUCCCACCUUGUUUUUCUUUCUUGGUAGUCAAAUACAAUGAAAGUGAGGAAAUCUAGAAAUAAA